GAAUGCUGCAGCAUCCACUGAGUAAGGUAACGUGUGUGCAGGCAAGAGUAGGGUAAUUCUUGCUACCUGCUCUGCAGCUAAAGGGAUCUGUCCUCCCGUCAGCUCUCUGCUAUUGGAUUUACCUGGACAAUAAGCACAGAAUAGAAAGGGCGAUUUUAAGGAAGCAAAAGAGUGAUAGAAGGAGGCAACCAUGGCCCGGCUGAACUGGUGUCUGGCAGCAGUGAUUAGCUGGGGGAAGUUCCUCUUCUCUUGUUUCUUUCCAUUGAGAGCAGCUAGAAGAGACAAGCCAGAAGACUUUGAGGCUGUUCAUUCCCACACCUUCAAGGCUAAGUCCUUUAAAAAGGCCAAGAGUUGUGCAGUAUGCAAGCAGGCUUUGACGAAGGAGGGCCUGGUCUGCAAAGCGUGCAAGUUGUCCUGCCAUAAGAAAUGUGAGGUAAAGGUAGCCACAGCAUGUGAAUCUACAGCUGCUACAACGACUACAACGACUACAACUACUACAACUAACUACAAUCAGAACCAGGGAAUCACAAAGUCUCCCAAUAUGGAUUCAAAACGAAGACCAUCCAGGACCCUAAGUUUGAUGCAAAAAAUGGAGGAAAAUAAUGAAGUGGACCUGGUCUACAUCACAGAACGCAUCAUUGCUCUGUCUUUCCCUGAUGGAACAGAGGAGCAGAAAUACAGUGUACACCUGAGGGAGGUGACCAGCAUGCUCCGUUCUAAACACCAGCAGCACUAUCUACUGCUUAAUCUCAGUGAGCGGAGACAUGACAUCACCAAGCAGAACCCAAGGGUGCUGGACUUUGGUUGGCCCGAUCAUCAUGCUCCUGCUCUAGAUAAAAUUUGCAGUAUCUGUAAAGCCAUGGACACCUGGCUUAAUGCAGACCCUCACAAUGUGGUGGUAUUGCACAACAAGGGAAACUGGGGGAGAACUGGUGUUGUGGUGGGUGCCUAUAUGCACUACAGUAACUUAUCUUCCAGUGCUGACCAGGCAUUGGACCGGUUUGCCAUGAAGCGUUUUUAUGAAGAUAAAGCCAUGCCCAUGGGCCAGCCUUCCCAGAAGAGAUAUGUGCAUUACUUCGCUGGUCUCCUUUCCGGCCACAUAAAAAUCAACAACAAGCCCCUGUUCCUUCACCAUGUCAUCAUGCAUGGCAUCCCUAAUUUUGAGUCUAAAGGAGGUUGCAGACCUUUCCUCAAAAUCUACCAAGCAAUGCAGCCUGUGUACACAUCUGGAAUUUAUAACGUUCAAGGCGACAGCCAUACAAGCAUCUGUAUCACCAUUGAGCCUGGCCUGCUACUAAAAGGAGAUAUACUGCUGAAGUGUUAUCACAAGCGUUAUCAAAACCCCAGUAGGGAUGUGAUCUUCAGAGUGCAGUUCCACACAUGUGCAUUACACAAUUUAGCUCUGGUCUUUACCAAAAAUGACCUUGACGAGACAUUCAAAGCAGAUGAGAGAUUUCCUGAAUAUGGGAAGGUGGAGUUUAUCUUUUCAUUCGGUCCAGAGAAAAUCAAAGGGUUGGAUCAUCUACAGAAUGGACCUAGUGUCUCUGUGGACUACAACACCCAGGAUCCCCUGAUUCGCUGGGACUCUUAUGAAAACUUCAACAGGAGAUGUGAAGACAUUAAAGAUGAUGUUGCUCAUUCCCAAGGUCCAGUAGACGGCAGCCUUUACGUCCGGGUUCAGAAGAAAGACUCUCUUGAGGGAAUUGUGUCCGCCAGUGGUGCUUAUUCAACUGACCGUGCUCCUUCUGUAGCUGAACACGCACUUCCUCUUCCAGUUGCCAACCAUCCGCUACCAGCUGCAGAUCACGCCCUUUCUGUCAGCAGUGACUCAGGAAACUCUACGGCUUCUGUUAAGACAGACCGCACAGAUGAUGCUCAACAGUCUUUGUCAUCUUCAGGGCCUGUGAGCCAAGCUCCUCCUGAGACUGCAAUUAGCCCUUGUGAGAACCGGGAGUUGGAACAGCUUCUGAGUGGGUCAGAAGGACCACCACUUCUCCCUCAUCAGAAUUUCCUCUCUUUUGCCAACACAAGCCCAGGGGUCGGAGUGCGUCACCUUGUGCCCGCCCAGGUCCACGUGAACGGACAAGCAGGUGCUGAGCGUGAAACUGACAUUGUUGACGACGAGUUACCAGAAAGCCAGGUGGGAGAUAACAGUGCAGGCAGUCUUGGCACACUCUCCUCCUUCGGGGGUCAAGAUACACCAGCUGACAGCAAACCAGUCGCUGAGUCCACUGUAGUAGAAGUAGACAGACAACUUGGGAAUUUCUUAGAGCGGAGGCCUAAAAAGGAGAUGCCUGUGCACCAGCUUCGAGGGUCGUCAUCAGCACAUGGACUGAUAGAGUACAGUGGGCAGAACGAAGGAAUGUAUCGCUCACAGUCGUAUGGUGGCCUGAUGCUGGAUGGAGGACCUCGGUACUUGCCACAAGCUCCUGAACGUAACACCAGCAGCCGAGAGGCAGUGCAGCGAGGGCUCAGUGCUUGGCAUCAGUAUGGUCUAGUGGACGACCCCUUCUUUGGCUCAAAUGGUGCCUUGCCACGCUUCCCAACUCGUGGAGAUGGAUCACAGCAGGAUGUAGAACAGUCUAUAGAUGCCCUAAACAUGCUCAUGCUUGACUUGGAGCCUUCACAUACACCAUUUCCUAAAUCUCAGAGUGCUCCCCCAGGUGAGAACAUCUCAGCUUUCCAUCCACCCUUUGCCCAGACACUAGCCAGACCUUCUUACCAGGCUGACCAGGCCAUCUAUAGUGUCACUGGUGGCCCACCUCUCUCUUCCUCUGCCAGUUUUGGCCAGUCCUCACAAAGAUCAUCACCUGCUUACCCCAUGACUCCACUAUCUGAGCAGCAUCAAAGGGGUUACCAGUCCCCUCAGGCCCUUUCACCUAUCUAUCAGCAAGAUCCCUACAGUAUCCGUGGAGGUUCAGUUACAACACCAUCCCCAACUUUACCUCUUCCAUCUCCUAUCAAGCCCCAGUAUGUCUACCCAGGAAGCAGUGAGGUGUCUUACUCUCCAGACAUUCAGGGCACAUUCCCAGGCCCUCAGAAAAGCUACAGCACAUCAUCAUCCCCACUGCCCCCUGUUACCGUUGCAAAAGAACCUGAGGAGGAGACGCUAAACCUCGAGGGACUUGUGGCCCAUCGUGUGGCAGAGUACAACGCCCGCAUCCGGGGCAUCUCCAACAGCAUGUCCUUCCAGCCUGCACAUCAUCGUUCCUAUUCCUUUUCUGGAUCACAUUCACGUACAGUAACCCCAGAUGAAGCCAUGCCAACUACCCGCCGACGAACUACCAGUGAAAGUCAGUACCUCAGCAGCCAAAAUGACAGUGGAGCCCACAGGGUGUGCUCUCCACUAAAACCUGUAUCUCCAGACUUUGCGAACAAAAUUGCAAUGAACCCAGGUGGACAACCCAAGGAGAAAACUGUGCAUAGCUACAGGGAGGCCUUUGAGAAGAUGGAAUCAACUCCUUUAAGUCCUACCCGCAAUAGUGGUGGUGAGACACAUCUCCUAACGCCCACCUUUCCUGAAUUACCCAAAACCUCACCACAGACCCCCUAUUUUAACCCAUGCCAUUCUGGUCAGGGUGCUCUUUCAGCCACAGGCCUGAAGGCACAGAACCCUGCAGAAGCUCUGGUACAACAAAGCAGUCCAGAUUCUGAUUCUAGUGAUGAUAUGGAAGAACAACAUGGUUCCAUGGGAACAGGAGUCAGAGGAGGAGGAUUGAUUUCUCCUUUACAGCAUCAAUACUCUCCUGCUUUUGAAAGACCAGUUCCUCCUUCCCACACUUUCAAUCCACCUCAACCAGUCAACAAUGCUAGUUCUGAUGGUUUUGGAAGGCAGCCGGCCUUUGCAUCUUUUCCAUCUGAGCCCGUCCGGGCUCCACUCUUCCCAGACACCUUUACUUACCUUAACCCUGAUGAGGCCACUGUUAAUAUUGUGGGUGUUCAUCACGUCCCAGGAAGCCCCAACACACUCCACCGUACAGUUGCCACCAAUACACCUCCAAGCCCUGCCCUUCAACGUAGGCUUGGUGGUCCAAGUAGCCCUGCUUUGGGUCGACGUCUACCAACAUCCAAUGGCGGCAGUGAACCAACCACUCCCAACAGCCCUCUUUUGGGUCGCAGUGGCAAGUUCAUCCCGCCAAGCCCUGUGCUGGACCGCCACCAAUCAUUUGCCCCAGUUGCCACUAGCUCAGAUCACAGAGCCCCACCUAGGGGUCAAGCCACUCCAGAUGAGAGACAUGGGGCAGAGUCCAGGCAAAGCACCACUUCUUUGGUUCAAUCUGGACCUGCAACCCCUUCAUUUCCCCUAGAGCAAUCCUGUAGUCCCUCACUGUUCUUGCCCCUGGACAUAACAGCAGGAUCCAUUGCAGAGAAUUCUAAAAGUGUUCCGACAGACAGUACAGAAAGUAGGAAAACUCCCACUCCUACACAAGUGCCACCUGCGAUCGCCUCAAUAUAUGCCGAUGGACCUCCAGAUAUUAGAAUCAAUAUCAAAUUUGUUCAAGAUACAUCCAAAUUUUGGUACAAACCGGAAAUCUCCAGGGAACAAGCCAUUUGUAUUCUUAAAGAUCGUGAACCAGGAGCAUUUGUCAUUCGAGACAGUAACUCGUUCAGAGGAGCAUAUGGCUUGGCCAUGAAAGUAGCCUCUCCCCCGCCAAUGGUGCAGCAGAACAAAAAAGUUGGAGACAUCACAAAUGAGUUGGUACGACACUUCUUGAUUGAAACCAGUGCAAAGGGCGUGAGACUUAAGGGCUGUCCAAACGAGCCCUACUUUGGGUGUCUGUCUGCUCUCGUAUAUCAACACGCCAUCACACCUCUGGCUCUUCCAUGCAAGCUUAUGAUCCCUACAAGAGAUCCAAAUGAAGAGGCCUUGGAGCUAGCCACACCAACAAGUUCAACCAUGGAUUUAUUAAAGCAGGGAGCAGGACCUCCUAAACCUACUGAAGAUUUUUAUGCAUGUAAUGUUUGGUACAUAAACUCUGUGGAUAUGGAAUCGCUGACUGGUCCUCAGGCUGUUGCCAAAGCCAUCUCUGAAACACUUGCUGCCAAAUCCUCUCCUACAGCAACUAUUGUCCACUUCAAAGUGUCCACACAGGGCAUCACACUCACUGACAAUCAGAGAAAGGUUUUUUUCCGUCGUCAUUACCCAGUCAACAUGAUCACUUACUGCAAUUUGGACCCACAAGACAGAACAUGGAAUAAAGCAGAGGGUGGUGUAGCAAAACUUUUUGGGUUUGUGGCUCGAAAGCAAGGAAGCACGACUGAUAAUGUGACUCAUCUGUUUGCUGAGCUGGAACCAGACCAGCCUGCUUCAACCAUCGUCCAUUUUGUCUCCAAAGCCAUGCUGAACAUCCAGAAACCUUGAGUGACCACCUGGCAACCAUCUUGGUUUCUCCAUGAGUCUGAAUUUUCUCACCAAAGAGGAUUUGGUUAUACUUAUCUUAUUUUUCCAGAGUGGAUUAUUCUUUUUACAUACAUUAUUACUUUCUUUUUGUUGAAUAACUCUGGUGGUUGGGCUUUUACUCUUUCUUCUUUAUGAAGAUUUGAAAAUGAUGCUGGUUUUUUGAGUGAAGAUCUUACUGAAAAAAAGCAGAUUAAGAAUAUGUCAGGGUUAAAGUACUGUAGCAAGUGUAAAUGACAGGGAUAAAUAUUGUCCCUCUGGCCUUCUUUAUCAGGAGGCAGGACUUAAAAUACAAAUAAAAAAAUAUAAAUAAUAUUUAGAGAAAAUGCUAAUAUUGUGAUUGAACAACCAAAGGUAGAGUUCAGAAAAAAAUUAUGUCUGACAAUUAUUUUCUUUUUAUUUUGUAAAAAAGAAAAAAGAAAAGAUCAGACAAGUCAAAAACUCCAAAUUCUUCUUUCUGUGUCCUCCUGUGAAAAGUAUGAAGAAGCCAUUUUGCAUGUUUGCUUGCAAGAAUCAUAAGAGUAAGUCAUUUUCUCUGAAUUCAGAGGACUUUAGUUUGCUCUGCUGUUACUCAGAAAAGCAUUUUGCAGAAUUUAGCUUUUCACUUCAAAUAACAGACCAAAUCUGUUGAAGUAAAUGAAGAAAAAAAAUGUGGUCCAAAAAAUGGCAGAAAAUCACCUUGCCAAGUUGAUCACCACAUAAAGACUUGCUACACUUGCCUGUGGACAUGGAACUAGCAACUACACUGCAGUCACUGGAAACUUUAUGCUGAGAUUCUAUAUCCAUAUGGAUAGUAAAGAACACACUGGCUCUACCCACAAAUGUCCUGGCUGUGGUAGUAGAUGUUUAGCUUUUUCUGAACUGUGCUCAACAUCCCAUUCACAGCUUUGCCCCAGUCAGUGACGAAUAUAAGACAACAUUUUGUUGCAUACUAUUUGAGUGCAUGGGUAGGUCCAUUUUGUACUUGUCUUUAAAAUGUAUUAUGACAAACCAUGACAUUUAAUGAAUAUUUAUUUUUGUUGCAGUAUUACUCAUGGGUAACUAAUAUUUAAAAAUAGUGUAUAGUCUACAGAAGAAGAAAAAACUUGACUUAAAAGUUAAAAAUGAAUUAUUUUAGCUAAAAUAUCAAAAAUCAGGUUUUGAGAAGCUCUUGAUGUAAAGUGUAUGUUGCAAUUUUUGUCUUUAUUUGAAUGUGUGUUCACUGUGUCACUGUGUUAGGUGAUUUAGAAUGAAAAGGCAUGAAUGUGGAAGAAACUGCAAAAAAAAAUAUUUUAGAUUAAAGAAAAACACCAAUAUAUGUAUAGAAAUUUGCCAUGAGUGCUGCCAUUAUGUGUGUGAUUAAAAUAGCUCCUGGAUUGAUAUGGAUUAUGUUAUUGGUCGAAGGGAGGUCAGCUAUUUGCUGUUUUCUGUGGAAAUGUAAAAGAGGAAAUGUAACAAUAUGUUUGCCAAAUGUAUAUAGAAUUUCAUGUAAUGCACUUUCCAUCUUGUCAAUGACAAGGUUAUUAUAGUAGGUUCAUUCUCUGUUCACCAUCAUUAAGUGCUUUAUAAUCAUAGAUGGGGCAAAACAGAUUGAACAUUUAAAAAAUAUCAUCUAAAGUAAAUGACAGGAUGAAAAGUGUUUUAUUAUAGAUUUCUCUAUUACAAGAGGCAAUGUUGGUACACUUAAACUCUGAGUUAGGUAAGCCAUUAGUAAGAAAGUCAAUGAAGAUCACCUGAAAUGUGUUAGCAGUGCAAUAUUUACUGUCAGGUUUUACUGUCUUUCAAAUGUGAGUUCUGGAGCUGCAACACGUUCCACUGUUUCAAGAACAGCGAUCAUGGAUGAAAUGAGAGAAAAUGUGGGGUUUACAGUCAGUUUUGUCUAUUUUCAAAUGGUCAAAAAGGAGCAGUUUGACAGACCAUGUGCAGCUGAAAAUAAAAAAAAAAUCUUAAAGUGAA